GUUCUGUUUGGUUUUGCUUGUUUUUUGUUUUGUUUUGUUUUUUUCUAGUUACACAUAGCUGACAACCACCGUUGACAUUGUUGUUUCAGAUGAGAAUCCCACGGCCAAAGCCGUUAUUCUCAGCGCCAUGCAAGAAUGGGAACAGAGUUCUUGCUUGAAGUUUGUGAGACGAACAACCGAGAAAAACUACAUUGCGUUUUUCAAAGGAAGCGGGUGGCACGCUAUGGGAUUCUGGCAUGAACAGAGUCGACCUGAUAGAGAUUCACACGUGGAAAUUAUUUGGAAGAAUAUACCAGAAGGUAGGGAUUACCUUUCAUGUCAACGGCUGCUAAAACGUGCCAUGAGUUCAUCUAAAGGCAAUCACAUGAUUAUUUCGAGUGCCAUGUUCUUGUCCUAUUCAGACAAGAAACACAACUUUCGGAAGUACAACAGAACACAGGUGGACUCCCUGGGAGUUCCUUAUGAUUACCUGUCCGUCAUGCACUACUCGUCUACCGCGUUUGGCAAUGGCCGAACCACCAUCAUCGCCAAAGAACCGUCAGUCGUUCAGCUUGGUCAGCGGAUCGGUCUAAGUCCCAUGGACAUCAAGCAGGCAGACUUGUUAUAUGAAUGCCACGGGACAACCACCAGACCUCAAGUGAUCCCCUCCCCUCAGCCACCCCCUAAUGGUCCUGACGACUGUACAUUUGAAAAUGGCUUAUGUGGAUGGACCAAUGUCGAUGGAGACUAUUUUGAUUGGACGAUUCGCAUGGGUAAGACCCCCAGUGGAAAUACCGGUCCCGCGACCGAUCACACGACUCUCCGCUUUGGUGAGUUUAAUAAUACGCUUAAAUGAUACACUUAAUGAUUAAUCAUUACCAAAUGAUUGUAAAAGUUUCUAAGGCCCCGUCCACACUACACGAGGGAAAUUUGAAAACGCAGCAUUAUUUCUAAGGUUAAGCCUACCGUUCACACUAAUUCGUCUCGAAAACGGAGCUUUUAUUUUCGAAAACGCUCUUCAAAAAAUGCCGCCUUUGCGGUUUAUUGCGGACGGAAAACACUUUGAAAACGGGGGUUUCGAAAACGAUGACGUGUUGAUAACCAUGUGUUAAACCCUAGCCCUCAAUGGUGCACUCAAACGUUUCUGCCGCUAGUGAUUGUUGCGUGUAAUCAAAUUCUACGGCGUAGUACUGUAAUAUGAGCUUCAGAGCUUCAAUUUAGAGCUUCAAACUAUAGUAAUCCUUGUAAGUCUAAAUCUUGCUUAAGACAAUUAGUCAAGAAGUUAUCAUGCAUGCAGAUGUACAUGAUCUCCAUCCAGGGACGUACUCCCUUAU